AUGCCGCCUCCACCUCCGCCGCCAGGGCUAGUGCCCAGGCCUACCAAAAGCCCCGCAACAGCUGUCGUUGCCGCCGGGUUGUCAGAUCUUGGGGAGGCAGGACUGCCGCCAGGGUUAGCACCCAGGCCCACCAAAGCCCCCACAACAGCUGUCGGCGCCACCGAGUUGUCAAAUCUUGGAUUGGAGGCAGCACUGGAAGCCAGAGCAAACAAACUGAGAAGUGUGGAGACGAGGGUUAGGCAGCGAGAUGGCACGCUGCUGGUGGAGCAGCGCGGCCAGCAUGGCUUCACUUGCGAAGUGGCCGGACAUGAGGACAGUAAGCCCCAAUAUUUGGAAGAUCAGGAGCAUGGCUUGUCGCGUCUGAGCCCCAAGAUCUUUGACGAGGCAGCGCAUCGCUGGCGACCGACGGAGGCGGUGUCACCUGAAGACGCCGCGCGGCUGAACGAAGCGCAGCUGUCACAGCGUGGUCUGCGGCUGGUCACUUACAACGUUUGGUUCAGUGAGUACCGGCAGCGGAUCCGCGCGCAGGCCCUGUUCGGCAUCCUGAGUGCAACGAAGGCAGACAUCGUAUGCCUGCAGGAGGUUACCCCAAAGUUCUUGUCUUGGCUGCGGGAAGAAGACUUCGUGCGCACAAACUAUGCCCUCAGCGAUUCCGUGGGCACGACUUUGCGAGGUUCCGAGCUGGCGUAUGGCGUGGUAUUGUUGGUCCGCCGGGAACUGCAUCUAUCCUCACUUUUGCUGCACGAGCUGCCCUCGCAGAUGUCCAGGGCACUGCUGUUGGCCUCACUUCCCCUCCCGACACAUGAGCUUCGCGUGGCCACGGCGCACCUGGAAUCCUUGAAUGCCACACAACUGCGACUGGAGCAGCUCACGCAGAUUUGCAAGAUCUUGACGGAGGACGGACAAGCAUCGUCGGUGUUUGCUGGGGACAUGAACUUUGGCGACAAGGCUCCGGAAGAGCAGGUGCUGUGCCAGGCCGGCUUUGUCGACUCGGCUAAUUGUGGACACACGAUGCCCUUCGACGAUGUGCACUGCCAACCACUGCGAAUCGAUCGAGUCUUCGUGAGUUCAGCACCAGGAGGUUCUUGUCGGCUGCUGCCUGGCCCUUGCCAGCGGCUUGGCGAGAAACCAGCGAUCAACCCAGACGAGGAUGUUUUCGGGGUCUUGCAGGACCCGAGAGACGGCUGUCCUGCGGCUGAUGACGAAGGUGAGACAGAUCCUGACAUGCCGACCUUGGUUCCAGUGCUUCCAGGCGAGGUUCCACCGCGCUUGUCAAAUCUCCCCUCGGACCACUUCGGCCUCCUUUGCGACAUCGAACUGGUCCAGCGCAAGGUCGCGGUUGGCCAGAGGAGCCUUGUGCCGCUCGAACCUCUGGCCUGA